AGCUAUUGCACGUGUAAAUAUUUUAUAGCCUGUUAAAAGUUAUUUUAGUAAACUAUUAUAAAGUAGGUACAAAAUGGGAGCGGUCAGUUACAAAAAUGAAAUAAAAAACUUAUUCCUCAUUGUAAACUCGUAUCUUGCGAUGUCCCUCGGGUUAUUCCCAGUGUCCCUGGGCACGGCGUUGGUGGUCACCAAAGAAUGGGAUAUGGAGAUAAUCGUGGCGUCUCUCGUCAUGGGCACCUUUAUACUCGGGCUGACCGCGCUCGGUCACUUCGGAGCUAUUUUGGAUAGAAAGACUAUGCUUGUUAUAUACGCAGUAGCGGUGGGGUUGGUAUUGUUCAUGGGACUAGUGGUGCUGGGGAAACUGCCGAGAACUGGAGAUAUCCUGGCCUUUGGUAUAUUCCACAUUAUCGUAACGUUGACAGCAUUACUUCUCUCGGUGGCCCUGAAACGGAGCCACAAUCAACUGUACCCUGUUACAUCAGUGAACGCAGGGACACCCAGUGCGCCCACAUUACCUACAGCAUUGUAGUCUACCUAUUUGAUGUACAGUUAGG